AUGAGGACGUAUAAAAGAAAAACUGAGUGUGGAAAAAUAUCUAAAGAGAUUUACGAAAAAGCAGCAGCUAUUUUGGAAAAGGAUAAAACCAAAAAAAAUCGUGGCAUCGCAAAAGAUCUUGGAUUAUGUCAUAAGUCGCUAACAAGAUAUUUGAAGAAACGAAAAGAAGUAAAAGAGAAGGGCACGCCUAUAGAAUCAGGCUCACAGUUGGCUACCAGAAGAAUAGACAAGUUUUCAACGAUGAACAAGAGGGCAUUUUGA